CCUCCUGCAGGCUUCUCUUCAUUCCUGACCUCUGAAACAAUAGGAAAACUAAGGGAUAGGCCUUGGACUACUCAUUGAUACCCUUUAUAUCCAGUAGUAGGUUGUGUUUUAUUGGAAAUCUGCAGGUAGAAAAUUAUGCAAAUCUUUCAGUUUUAUAUGGAUUUCAAAAGCACUUUGAGAACUCAUGGGAGAGUCUAUCAACAGCUGUUAAAUGUCCUCAAAAGUUCCUGAACUCCAGAUAUAUGAAAGCUGGAAGAGCAUAUCAGUGAAGUAUCAUCUAUACUCUGUUCUUAAAUUCUUUUCCUGGACAUGUGCUGUUGAAUGGUCAGGACCAUGAAAUUGUGCAUCUGGACCAGUCAUUGUCAUAUUUGAGUAUAGUGAAUUCUUUGAACCUUCUCAAAGAAAGCUGCCACCUAGAAGAUGAACAAACUAAAGCUGGUAAAGGAGAUCAUCUACAAAGGUUUGGUGUCUCUCAUUGAUGUGUGUCAGGAAUUGAUCUAACACAUCUGAAAUGUUGUCCGUGCACAAGAGGUUUGCUCACUGUUCAGAGGAAGGGUGAGUCAGGUGCCGGAUGAAUCCUCUCUUCAAAUGCACCGGUGCUUAAAGGCCAAGAACUUGAAACAUCUCCAGCUGUAUCAUGGAGCAGGUUACAUCAUGAGCAAGUUGCAUCUCUUUUUUAGGACUGGCGAGAGAACUUGCAAAUGAUCUGCUUUCCAUCAGUAGCAUAAGGAAAGAAGAAGACUCAGGAAAGUAAAAACAAGGGAAAGAAGGCAACAGAUACAAAACAGAAAAAGACUGAUUUGGAUUCUACUUCUGCAGAUAUGAGGGAUUCUAAGGAGGGUCAUAAAGAGGAAGAUGAAACACCUUCUGUUUCUGCUGUGCUGUCUCUGGAACAAACAGCUGUGAUUCAGGAAAUGGUAAAUCAAGAUGUACUUCCAAAGCUGAUGAUCCCCAGUCCAACCAAUGAACCACAAGCAGUAACUGAAGACAAACAAGGAGAAGCAAUAAACUGUGCAUCAGAUGAUUUAGAUGAUGAUGAAGAGGAGGAUGAAGAAGAGGAAGAUGAAGAGGAGAUAGAAGAUACCAAUAUGCCUAAAGAAAAUGCUGAAAUGCCUUUGAUAUGUGAAGAAAAGUUGGACUUCAUAGAAGAACAGAAGAGUACAUCAGAGGAAUCUCCAGAAAGCUCUCCAAAGAAAAAACUCGUGGUGAAAAUUCCAAAAGCACAGGGGGAAUCCAACGGUGAUGUUCAGGAAACAUUCAUGUUUCCCUGCCAGCAUUGUGAGAGGAAGUUCACAACAAAGCAAGGACUCGAGCGCCACAUGCACAUCCAUAUAUCCACCCUGAGCCACGCGUUCAAGUGUCGAUACUGCGGGAAGGCCUUUGGCACUCAAAUCAACAGGCGGAGGCACGAGCGACGCCACGAGGCCGGGCCGAAAAGGAAACCCUUCCUGACACUGACGUCGUCACAACACUUGGAUAAUGUUGCUGAUAACCAAGUGGUUGUGGAUGAUGGUCUUAAAGAUGACCUGAACGUUUCCAGUCUUGUGCAAGAUUCUGUUGUCUUGGAUUCUGAAAAAGUUUCCCAGGAAAUGUCAAACUCUGCGUUUGCUGAGGAAAAUAAGGAGCCCAAAGAAUUGCAUCCGUGCAAAUACUGCAAAAAGGUUUUUGGUACUCACACCAACAUGCGGAGGCAUCAGCGUAGGGUUCACGAGCGUCAUCUUAUUCCCAAAGGUGUCAGAAGAAAAGGGUUCUUUACUGAAGAGCCACCUCUCCCGACAGAGCCGGCCCCGGCAGUCCAGAGUGUGUACAUAGCAAGCACAGAAAUAGAAGAGGAAGGUGAAGGAGAUGAUGUCUAUCUUAUGGAUAUAUCCAGCAAUAUCUCUGAGAAUUUAAAUUAUUACAUUGAUGGGAAAAUUCAGUCCAACAGCAGUACUAGCAAUUGUGACGUGAUUCAGAUGGAAUCCAACUCUGCGGACUUGUAUGGAUUGAAUUGUAUAAUCAGUCCGGUCACAGUGGAAAUUUCCUCAAAUUUAAAGGUUACACAAACACAUGUGAAUGAACCUCCUAAGGAACCCUCUAGCAGUGGGAACAGUGAAUCCAAAAAGAGAAGAACUGCCAGCCCUCCUCUUGUACCAAAAAUAAAAACUGAAAUAGACCCAGAACCUAUAACUCCUACUAGUUCUUUAAAUCUUCCUCUUAGCAUUUCAACAGAAAGCUUAACUUUUCAUAAAGAAAAAGGGGUUUAUUUGUCAUCAAAAUUAAAGCAGCUUCUUCAGACACAGGACAGUAAGAAGAUAACUCCAUCAAGUGAAGUCCCUAAAAUAGGACCUUCUGUUACAGCAUCGCCUAUUUUGCCUCCAGUAUCCAGCAGAUUUAAAAGAAGGACCAGCUCUCCUCCCAGUUCUCCACAGCACAGUCCAGUGCUUCGAGACUUUGUCAAAUCUGAGGGGAAAACUGUGUGGAAUGAUAAUAUUCGGAGUUCAAAAAUGCCAAAGUUAGAAAGCCACAGCAAUUCACCUGCUUGGAGCUUGACUGGAAGGGAGGACAAAGAGACUUUGAGCCCUCUUUGCUUUGAAGAAUAUAAAAUAUCAAAAGACUGGACAGCAGCUCCGACUUUUGGCAAUGUGUGCAACCAGCAGCCACUGGAUUUAUCCAGUGGUAUGAAACAAAGGUCUGAUGUCAAAAGCAAGACUCAGGUUCCCUGGGAAUCCGUUUUAGAUCUAAGUGUGCAUAAGAAACCUUGCAGCGAUGCUGAAAUUAGGGAAUCCAAAGAAAAUUCCACACAGCCAACGUGUAGUGGUGUUAAGAAGAAGAAACCCACCACUUGCAUGUUGCAGAAGGUUCUGCUGAACGAGUACAACGGGACGGAUGCGGCCCCGGAGAGCGCGCUGGGCAUGGACAGCGCCGCCAGCCCCAGCAAGGCCCUGGAGCCUGAGGCAGAGCCCGACGCGGAUCCCGCUCUCGCGGCGUCGUCUUCCACUGACACUCAGCCCCUCAGCUCCUCCGAUUCCCCUGUGCCACAGGCGUCUGCUGCGCCUGCCGUGUGCCAGCUGCCUCCAUUGUUAACGCCCACCAACCCCCCGUCCCCGCCGCCCUGCCCGCCCGUGUUAACGGUGGCCACCUCACCUCCCCCCCUGCUCCCAACGAUGCCCUUGGCAAUUCCAGAUGUCUCUGCCAGUGCCACUAACACUUCCUCCUGUCCCUCGCCGCUCUCCAACACCACCACCCAGUCCCCACUGCCAGUUCUUUCACCUACGGUUUCUCCUUCUCCAUCCCCUGUCCCUUCUGUUGAACCUCUUAUUUCUGCUGCUUCGCCUGGCCCCCCUACACUGUCUUCUUCGUCUUCCUCCUCCUCUUCCUCUUCUUUCUCAUCCUCUUCUUCCUCAUCAUCUCCGUCUCCACCUCCUCUUUCUGUAGUUUCUUCUGUUGUUUCCUCUGCUGAUAACCUUGAAAGUUCUCUCCCAAUAAUAAAACAGGAAGAAGCUGAAAGCGAGCAGCAGAAAGCAAGAGAAGAUCCUCAUACUUCAAGUGAAUCAGGAGUAGUGCAGGAGACGUUCAACAAGAGCUUUGUGUGCAAUGUCUGCGAAUCACCUUUUCUUUCCAUUAAAGACCUAACGAAGCAUUUAUCCAUUCAUGCUGAAGAAUGGCCCUUCAAAUGUGAAUUCUGUGUACAGCUUUUUAGGGAUAAAAGAGACUUGUCCGAACAUCGCUUUCUGCUUCACGGAGUAGGGAAUAUCUUUGUUUGUUCAGUGUGUAAAAAGGAAUUUGCUUUUUUGUGCAAUUUGCAACAGCAUCAGCGGGAUCUCCAUCCAGACAAAGAGUGCACACAUCAUGAGUUUGAAAGUGGGACUUUGAGACCCCAGAAUUUUACUGACCCCAGUAAGGCGAACGCAGAGCACAUGCAGAGCCUUCCAGAAGAUUCUUUGGAACCUUCAAAAGAGGAGGAAGAUGAAGAUCUAAAUGAUUCUUCUGAAGAGCUUUAUACUACUAUAAAAAUAAUGGCUUCUGGAGUGAAAUCUAAAGAUCCAGAUGUUCGUAUGGGCCUCAAUCAACACUACCCAAGCUUUAAACCACCUCCGUUCCAGUAUCACCAUCGUAAUCCUAUGGGUAUUGGAGUUACUGCAACAAACUUCACAACCCACAAUAUCCCACAGACUUUUACUACUGCCAUUCGAUGCACAAAAUGUGGAAAAAGUGUUGAUAACAUGCCUGAGUUACACAAACACAUACUGGCCUGUGCAUCUGCUAGUGAUAAAAAGAGAUACACACCUAAAAAAAACCCAGUACCCCUCAAACAGACAGUGCAGCCUAAGAAUGGCAUGGUGGUUAUUGCUGGGCCUGGGAAGAAUGCCUUCAGACGAAUGGGUCAGCCUAAAAGACUCAAUUUCAAUGUUGAGAUUAGCAAAAUGUCCUCCAAUAAACUAAAAAUAAGUGCAUUGAAAAAGAAAAACCAGCUUGUCCAGAAAGCUAUCCUGCAAAAAAAGAAAUCUGCCCAGCAGAAGGCAGAAUUGAAAAAUAACCCAUCUGAGACGGACUCUCACAUCUGCCCCUACUGUAACAGAGAGUUCACUUACAUUGGGAGUUUGAACAAACACGCGUCGUACAGCUGCCCCAAAAAACCCAUUUCCCCCUCCUCCAAAAAGAAUUCUUCCAAAAAAAGUGCAGCUUCUUCACCUGCAAACAGUGACAAAGGCAGCAACCAGCGCAGGAGAACAGCAGAUGCAGAAAUCAAAAUGCAGAGCACUCAGCCUCACCUGGGCAAGACGAGAGCGCGAACCUCAGGACCUGCACAGCUCCAGCUCCCCUCUGCCUCCUUCAAGUCCAAACAAAACGUUAAAUUUGUACCUUCCAUGCGAUCUAAAAAGCCAAAUUCAUCUUCAUCGUUGAGGAACUCUAGUCCUGUAAGAGUGUCUAAAAUGUCCCAUGUUGAUGGGAAAAAAACUAAGGUGGUUUCUAAGAACAAUUCCUCUGGAAUCUCCAGCAAAGCGUCCCGGAAAUUGCACGUCAGAAUGCAAAGGAAUAAUAAAGCAGUUUUGCCAAGUAAAUCUGCUGUGGCAAGUAAGAAAAAGGCAGACAGGUUCAGUGUAAAAUCUAGAGAGAGGAUUGGAGGACCAAUCACACGGAGCCUGCAGCAGGCAGCAAAUGCAGAGGCAGCAGAAAACAAAAGAGAUGAAAGCAGUACAAAGCAAGAGCUAAAAGAUUUCAGCUACAGGCUCCGUGUGGCCUCUAGAUGUCCUUCCUCCUCCUCGCAUAACCCCAGCACCAGGCAGUGCAAGAAAUCCAGCUCCACCACAUCCCACUUCUUCAAGGAAUAGACCCUGGGCAUGUCUGACCAAACCAGGUACCAGAAAUUUCUGACUGGAAAAGGUGAGGUGAAGUAAUCCUCAAGCAUUAUCCUCUCCUGCUUUGCUCAGAUGAGGUGAGAUGGGUUCCUCAGCAGACAAUGGACAGUGGUUUCUUCUGCUGGAAGUGAUGAUGUGCUUCUGUCAUCUCAGCCUUCCUUCCAAGGGAGGGAGCACAGAGCAGGCUCCUGCCUUCUCCAGAGAGUGAUGAACUGUGGCUGCUGGGGACAGGGUGAUCCUGGGGUGCCCCAGGGCGUGGAGCCCACGUGCCAGCAUGGAGAACAGCAUGGACAACAGCAUGGACAACAGCAUGGACAACAGCAUGGACAACAGCAUGGACAGCAGCAUGGACAACAGCAUGGACAGCAGCAUGGACAGCAGCAUGGAGAAGUGUUCAGGCAGCUGCAGGCAAAGUACCCGUGCUCAGAGGGUGGAUGGGUCUGGAUGAGUCUCCUCUUUCUGGGAGAACACAGAGAGUUUAACAUACUAUGCAAUUAAAUUCUGAAAAGACUGUUACAUCAUUUUACUUUCUGCUUUACAUCCUAACGGGUAAAGAACUGGGCAUCCCACAAAAAAACACUGGAGGGAGUGGGAGGUUUUCCUGAGGUUUCCACAUGUGAAGUCUGUGGGUACCCCAGUCUCCUGACUUUGUACCAUUAGCUUUAAGGGGCAGAUGCUGUUGCUUUUGAAGUGCAUCAGGACACAUGUUUUUUUGGGAAGAUCACCCAAUUUGGGAAAUGCACUGAUAGCCCAGUUCCAUAAAGGGACUGGCAUCCAUUUCUCAAAAGCUGCCAUAACUUGUGUUGCCAGUCUGGUAUUGUUCAGAGUCAGGAUUUAUUUAUUUAGGGACAGUAUCAAACACUGGUGUUGCUGUGCAGGAUCAGACCAGAUCCUUAAAUACAACAUUUGUCCAUUAAUAGAGCACCUGUGUUUGUGUCUCUAGACAUGAGUUUGUUUUCAGGGGUCCUGUCCAGAGGCCAUCCAUGAGGACAUCCAGUAAAGAUUAAUUCCAGAAACACACAGGUCAGCUGGUAAAAUGCAGUGCACAAAGAUCUCUCACCUCUUUCCUGCCCCAAAAUGGGGUCAAUCACACCCAGGUACAUCCUCUGCCAGUUCUGGGCAGAAGCUCUGCCCAGUUCACCCAUGAGGUGAAGGGUUCCUAAUGCCAACACAUGAUUUUCCAGGAUCCCUGCUAACGUAGCAUCCAGGUUUGGAAUUUUUUAAGGAGGCCAAAGGGGUUGAUUGUCAUAUUUCCUUCUUGUUUCAGUCAAAUGAUUCCUGUCCUUGACUUUGCACUCCACACAGAUAAGCACAGAUCUGUGUAUGCACACAUUAGUUAAGAAAAAAACAAGUGCCCCGUUGAUAACUCCUUCCCACCACCCUGAAAAAGUCAAACAAAGGAUCAAUUUUAUAGAUAUAUCUUCAUAUAUAGAUAUAGAAAUAGAUAUAUAUGAAAGAUAAAAAUAUAUAUGUAUGGAAUUGCUGAAAACAGUUAAUUUUGUAUAGUUUUGAUGAAAAUCAAAUUGUUCAAAAUGAAUAGAAAAGCUUUAAAGAAGAAACACUGUUCACCAUAAAAAUGUUUUAGGUGCGUGUUGUUUGAGUUGGAAAGAAAAGGUUUUCAGGAUCUUGUAUUAUCUCACUACAGAUUUUUUUGGAUAAACCCCUCUUGGAGGCUUUCUAAGUGCAAUUGUGGUUUGGGGGGAGGCUGAGAGGUUGAGAACUGGAUGAGCCAUAAAAAGCUGCAUCCCCUUCCAUGUUGGAAGUGAUGCUUCCAGUCCAAGACUGUGACACCACCGAGAUGCUCGUGCCAUUGCUGGCUGCUCUCUCAUUCCUGGGGUGGAGAGUCUCUAGGGUUUGUUCCCUCUGGAGUUGUUUUGCUAGCAAUAAUCUACUCUUAAAAGGGAUGUACUAAUUACAAAUGAAGGCUGGGAUUUUUCCCAGCAGCCUUGGAAGACUGAGAAUCUCACUAGUCAUUCAAACUAGUUGGAAGUGAGCAUCCAGAUCUGCUAGGCAGCUUGCUAAAUUUUGGUCAAAUAGCACAAAAAAAUUAAGUUUCCUGGCCUUAUGCAUAUGUGCAAGCAGCUGGUGUGCACACACAGCUCUCUGAUCAGUUUGUUUCACUUUGGUUUUGCACAUUACCUUUUUAUUUUCUCUCCACAUUUCGUCCUUCCUCUCAUCAUGUAAUUUUAGUAUGGUAAACCCCGUUCUUUCAAACAGGAAUGCUCUUUCUAUGUGUCUGGAGAGCACCUAAAUCACUUGAAAAAUGCAUUUACAGUGCUAAUAAACCCAAUAUACUCUGACUUAAAUCACCAGAAUUAUUGGUGAUUGAUUGGCUACGAUUGAUUUUCCCAGUGCAGAUUUGUAGGACACCUUGUCAAAGAUUACACUUAGAGUAUCAAUUAUCACUGGUCACUUGAGGAUUGCUGCUGAGGAAGACUUUUCUUGCCAUAUACCCAAAUCCUGCUUUAAACAAUCCUCAGACCCACUCAACUUCCAGUCAGAUAAAUGAAGUAGGGAGAUGCUGCCCAGUUUAGUGCCUUUAAGGCAUCCCAGUGAGGUUACCAGAGGUCACUUCUGUGCAAUUUAUUUUUGCUGCCUUUUUUAGAGUGUUAUCAACUAUAAAAACUGACAGACUCAAGGAGAGAAGUGUGUACAUUGUUGUGAUAUAGGAACGUUUUUCCCAGAGAAAUUCUGGUUUAUCACACAAGCCUUGUAAAUAUGUAUUUACAAUUUUAAAAGCACGUCUUUAUGUCCCUGGUUGUAAAUUCUCUGUUUUUAAAGUUUUAUAACAUGUGAUUCAACCAAGAGACCACAGUGCACAGCUUUUUAUUGUACUGGUGUGUUUGAAGGGUCCAUUACAGUCUAAGCUGUAGCAGAAAAAUAUCCAUGCCACCAACAAGAAAUAACCCAUGGUUCCACCAGAUUUCAUCAUUUUUCCUCAGAUAAAAAAUGCAGUUUUUCUGGGAGGGUUGGGGAGGUUGGGGGGGUGAUUUUUCUUGCAGAAAAAAAAAAAAGCAUCAGUUCAAAAUGGUGUCAUUUCUCUGAACCAGUGAGGAGAUUUCAUUCACAGUGAAUUCAGGAAAAGUAUGCCAUUUUUUCCCAAGGCAGAAUUUCACAGUUUUGCAGCAAAUUUUUAACCUCCCCCGUGCCUGCUGAUGAAACAUGAAAUUUUGCCCUUGACCAAUAUCACAAGUUCUUGUGAAAAUUCAAGGAGAGGGUGGGGAAGAAGCUCAGGUUUUGCAUGUAGAAUUUGUGAGGAUGACACUGGCAGCUCUGCAGUGCUCUCAUGGCAAUGAGAAGUUUAUAAAAAAUAAACUGUGUGGAGAUGUGGUGGGACCUGGUUUGUGCUUGGCUCCUGAACUGCUCUGGAAGACUGAAAGCUCUGUUGCCUGUCUGCCAUGUAAAGGAAAAGAACAACAAUAAAUUAAUGUGGAAAAC